GUGGUUUGAUUGACGGAGGCGGAGCGGCUGUGGGACCGGCAAGAUGGCGGCGCGUGUGGUGGGAGGGCGAGAGAAUGGACAGCCGCCUCUCCCUCCACCGGGGAAUGGACGUGGGCCGGGGAAACUAACACCACCACCUCCUCAAGUGGUUAUUGCCGCCGUUGGCGGUCAGGCCUCGAGUUGCCAGAUGAUUAGGCCGUCAGUCAGUGAGCUGAGCCGGGAGGUGCGGACCAAUAUCCUGUGCACGGUGAAGGGCUGCGGCAAAAUCCUGCCGAACCCGCCGGCCCUCAGCAUGCACCUGGUCAAAUCACACAGGGUGCAGGACUGCAGCAUUAAUCCAACAAUUAAGAAGGAUCUGAAGUCAUCUGUUCAGAAACUGUAUUGCUGCCCCAUUGAAGGUUGUCCAAGAGGACCGAACAGACCGUUUACCCAGUUUUCCCUUGUUAAGCAGCACUUUAUGAAAAUUCAUGCUGAAAAGAAACAUAAAUGUGACAAAUGUAGUAACUCAUAUGGCACGGAAUGGGACUUGAAACGACAUGCUGAGGAUUGUGGGAGGAUCUUUCAGUGCACUUGUGGGUGUCCUUAUGCCAGCAGACCAGCACUGCUGUCUCACAUUUACAGAACUGGACAUGAAAUCCCUGCUGAGCACCGGGAUCCACCACGUAAGAAGAGAAAAAAUGAGUGGCCAAAUCAGAAUUGCUUGAACCAGGUAGCAAAAGUGAAGCAGGAAAUCCAGAUAGUUCAAGAUCCAACAGAGAUGAACAAAAGAACCUGCAUCAAAAACUCCUGCGGAGAUGAUUGCAUUAAGCAGCCUCCUGCCAAACAAAUUCAGAAGUUGUUGUUACCAAAGCCCAGGGUUGCACUUGUUAAACUUCCUGUAAUGCACUUAACACAUUUACCAGUUAUUUUAUCUUCGGGCACAUCCGUGGAUAAUUCAGUCAAGUCCAUUGUUGUUGCUGUUGACGAUCAAGGAUCUAUUCUAAGCACAAUGCAUAUUUUACCUCCUUCAGUGGAAACUGUGACACCGUCUAUGGAAGUGAAAGGGUUAAGUUUUAAAGGUGGUCUUCCCACCUCCAAGGUGACUAGCGUCAUGAUGGUUGAACCAGUCAGUACUGCAGUGCAAAUCAACAUGGAUUCAGGUUUUGUCAAUAACCAAGCUUUUCCUUCACUUGGAGACAUAGGCAGUAAAAACAAAUUUAACUCCACAAAUGUUCAGACAGAGGUAUCACACCUUGCACAGAACACAGCACCAGAAUCUCUAGCUACAUGCUAUUCUACAGAGAACACUGUGUCGGCUUGUGCACAGACUGAUCUGAGUAUCAGCGCUCAAGUUUUGCUACCCGUAAGUGUCCAAACGCAAACUUUUGAACCAGACAUGAAAAUCACUACGUCAAUAAGUGCUCAGACAGAUUCGUUUGGUCAGACUUGUUUUCCAUUGUUUGGUGUUUCAAGGAAAACGCAAACUAGUUUGGUGAAUUCUGCUCAUGAUGAAAGCUCUGCAGUUCAAGCACUAAUUAACACAAGUAAUCAUGAAGACAUUUUUGACCAUUCUUUAGUUUCCUCAUACAGUGUUUGUACACAGACUCAAACUAAUUUCCCUCUGGAUGCAGUAGGCAUGAACCAAAAGUUAUCUCAUGAUGAUCUCUUACAGAGCUCUAAAUCAGCUGUUGAAUUUCACAUUAACUCCACUUUACUUCAACAGAAUCCUAUGACUGACAAUCAAACUCAGACAAUUAACCUGUUUAAUGACUUGGAAAAUAUCCUGUCAGAAAGCAUAGCCAAUCAUUCAUUAGAAAAUCGUGGUCUUUUAUCCGAUGCCUCUGAGAGUAUGACAAGCAGCCAGGCACACAGCACGGGUAUUGACUUUGAUAUUGAAUUUUUAUCUGCAAGCAACAUACAAACACAGACAGAAGAGAAUGAAUUUGGUACUUUGCAAACAGAGUCUGCUUUGGAAUCUCUGGAUAUCGAGACUCAGACCGACUUCUUCUUUUCAGACCAUCCUGCUCAAGCAUACAAUGGCAGGGGACAGUCCACUUAUUUAGGGCUAGAAAUGUUUGAUACGCAGACUCAGACAGACUUCAAUUUCUUGAUAGAUAGCAGUACGCAUCUGCCUCUGGACAGUAUUUUGAAACAGUCCAGUUUAUCUUUAAGUGCAGAGUCCUCUGGUACCAAAACUCAGACUGAUGAUGUAUGUUAUAGAAAUAAUUUGAAUUGUGCCUCUGAAAGCCAAGUCCAGUUAAACUGCACUGAAACACAGACUACCUUUGAAAGCCUCAGCAGUCUAUUCUUCACUAGCAAUGAAACACAGACCGUAAUGGAUGACUUUCUGUUGGCAGAUACGGCAUGGAACACAAUGGAAUCACAUUUCAGCUCAGUGGAAACACAAACAUGCGAUGAAAUCUUUUCCUUGUUUCGAAAUACUGAUAAAAACAGUGACUGAAUUGCACAGCUAUAAAGCAGCAUUGAUCUCUGGAUUGGUGCCCUAGAAAGUGGCAACAUUUCAUGUUGAAGUGUGGUGUUGCAUUACUGUGCAUCUCUUUGGGCAGCUGUGUAUGGGGCUGAGAGGAAAAUGGCAGAGAAGUUUUAAACUGAUCUGAAGUCUUUCUCUUUGGGUGUCUGGAUACCCUUUUCUUGGGUUAAAAAGCAUUAAUAAGUUUAGGCUUUACAAAUGCUGUUCUGUGAUUCAGCAUUCUCUAGUUUUUCUAAUCCAUGACCCUAUCCAGUUUGACUUUUGCUUUCCCCCUGAGACUUUCCUUCAAUGCACUACUAGUGUGUAUACUCUGGAAUGUUUAUGAAGCCAUGUCUUUCCAUGUUUACAAGUGAGGAAUUAGAUAUACCUUGCCAUUUCUGAUUUUCUUUUGUUAGUUUUCAGUCUCCUUUGUACCUUCCACCAUGAUAGUUGGCUUAUUUAUGGUUAGAAGAUGGUUCAAGAUGCAGUUAUUCACACAUGGCCCUCACUAGCUUACCUAGAAAGUUCUUCAGCUAAAGCCAAUAACUCUGGAUACAUUCUUAAAGGUUUCAACACCGCCUCCUGUUUCUGUAUCUCCUGUCCAUUCUAAAAGUAGGUUUUCACCAAUGUGAUAAAUGAAAAUGUUCAGUGAUCUUUAUUUUAAAUACUUGCUUUUCAUGUCCCUGUGAGUUAAAUGAACUCCAGCUUAAAUUUUGAGGUUUGACAACCCUUUCCAAAUCUGAUAUUGGUUAUUGUCAGUAUAUGCACUUUGUAAACAUGGUUUGUUGGACAUCAGUUGGGCAGAGGAGUUCCUCUGCUAGUGGCAGUUGGUUAAUCAUCAUGCUUCAGCCAUGUUGAUAGCACAAACUGCACAUUGAAAUUGUAACUGCAUUGGUAUCUGUGACUUCAUUACUCAUUCACAUGAUUAAUUGAGUAGCUGAAUACUUCUCACACAAUACAGUGAAAUCAUUAAACAGUGCAUCUUCAUUGUGCAAGAGUGCAUUUUCCCCCAUUAGAUUAAUGGCAUAAUGCAGUUCAUGCAACCUGUUACUUUUGCUGUAAAUUGGAUUACAAUUAUUUAAUUUGACCAGAUCAGUGUAAAGCUUCCAUGACCUUCCAAAAACCUAAUUACCCAAUCCUGAAGUGACCAAUUUUGGUGAUUCCACUCUUAUUAGUUACUGAAUUUGCACAUGUAACCACUUUUAAGUCUUCAGUGGCAACAAAUUUUAAUUAUUCAUGUGUGGUUUUUUUUGGGGGCAUGCCCUCGGUCUUUAGAAAUUGCUUUGCUGUUGCACAUGACCAUUCACAGUGCUGCUUGUAACCUAAUCAAAUUGCUGGCAUGAAGAAGUUGCAAAUGUUGUUGGACUACGUUUGGGCUCUCGUCUAGCUUUUAAGAAUCUAAGAGCCCAAAUUUAUAAUGUUGCCAUUAGCUUGGCUAAAGCAGGCUGUAAUUAAUCAAGAAAUGCUCCACCAGAAUCCUACCUGAGUGAGGGUGCAUGAUCAUUCAUGUUUGUCUUUCACUGAAUUAGUUCGUAGGCACAGCCUUGAAAUUGAUGUCUAUACCUAUUAUGUGAUUUUUAGCUUGAUCACCUUAUGACAUUAUCUCAUAAAAUCUUCCUUCCAUGUAAAUGACUGUGACUCAAGUAAUGGAGAUCCUGUAUCGUUGCUAACUUUUGGAUAUCAAAUCCAGGCUUGUAAUAAGUAUUAUGAAAAUAUUCUCCUUAUUGUGAUGGGAUCCCAUCUAGACCUCAUCCAAAUAAUAUAUGCUGCUGUAUCCAUGCUACAUCACUGAAUAAUUUGAGACUCCUUUGGAAGGUGAGCUCUCCAGAGAAAAGUACUUUUUAUUUUUUGCUUGCUACAUAUCGUGGCUGAAUCUUUCUGCCUGUAUCUCAGGAAAAAUGUUUAAUUUUGUUUCAUUUCCUUGAUUUCUACAUCUUUGUAUUCUAGGCUCCUAAUGGCCACUUAUUGUUAUUGUGGAAAAAUGGAGUCUAAGUCUGCUGGCAAGUUUGGAGUUCUUGUGUGACCAGAAGUCUUUCUGGAAACCAGCAUCAAUUCCUACACUGGGAGAUAAAGUACUGAAUUGUUAGUACUUGAUUCGAGGGCUUUGCAGAAUUGGUGAUUCUAAGAAAGUAGUAAAUCAUUUUUUUUAAUUCCAUAGGACUGAUUUAUAUUACGUACUAGGGACAUGCUGAAUUGGUUCUGUCAAAUGAGGAGAGAUGCAAAUUAGUAAGCAUCUUGAUAUCAAGAUCCCAUUUGCAAGUGCAAACUCCUGUUUAUUGAAGCUUUGCACAAAUUUACAUCCAUUGAGUUUUCCCAUCUGAAAUUUUUGCAAAGAAAAUUUCAAAAAUUAUUUAUAACAACAUGAUUGCAGUCUCCAGUAGUGCUUUGAAACCAUGAGGCACCUGUUAAAGAAGGACAAUUCCUUUUUUAAGGCUACAUUUAGUGCAUAACUUUAUCUGUCUUCUGUCUGCCAGAUGAUCCAAAAAUGUUAAAAAGCCCAUUCACACCAAAUGGCUCUGUUGGACUUGUGCUCCUGAUUUCCCCGGUUAGAAGAAUCAUGAACACCAAUCGGGGCAGUGUCUUUGAUUACUCUGUUUCAACAUGCAUGUCUCAGUUUGGAGCAGUAGCUUAUCACCUGAAACUGUUUUUAACACACUUUCAUCCUUGAGAUGUGGUGAUAAAGCAAUUUUGUAUUACACAAAAUACUGACUUGUUAUAUAUCUUUAUAAAGAGUUUUGGUUUCCUACAUCUUGAGAGCUUCCAAGAGCUGUAUUUGGAUAUGCAUUUCAUUCAUUUAAUAUAUGUAACUCCUACAGUAUUAGACCAAAAGCUCAACUACAUUUUCAUGAUAUUGUCUGUAUUUGUGUUCACGCUGCUAUUUUUCAAUGCUAUGUCUAGAUUUGUCUGUUAAUAACUUGGUGUCAAUUUAUUUUUAAAAUUCCAACCAAACGUUGUUUCACAAAUUAGUUUGCAGUUGAUGUGUUGCAAUACUUUCAUAAUACCACUUUAAUUCUUUCAUGCAUUGAAUAGAUGUGCCAUUUGCUGUUGGUAGUAGUUUCAAAAAUAAAUAAACUGUAAUAUCUGUGGCUUCUGGAAUGAACUGUUUAAUAUAGCAAUGCUUAACAUUGAUAGCUAAACUUAGUAUUUGGUGGUAAAUUUAUUAAGGCUAAAUAAUACUCCAAUCAGUACGAUUUUAAUGCUACACCAAACUGCCUUUUUGGCAGUACUUUAUUGCUCAAGUUGGUUUCAUCACUAGCAGUUUGUGAUUAAACUGAAACCAUAGGUAUUUGUCAUGUUUGCAUGACAAAGUUUAAAAUGCUGUCCCCAGACAAACUAUUUUACCCCACUCCCAGGUCAAGUGAUAGCAGUGACCAAUGACUGACUGACUGAAAUCUUAGUGUAGCAAAUAGUGUACAGAUGCGUUAGCAUUUUAAACUCACUUUGAAAUCAUUAACACUGAAUUAAUCUUAUUUUCAUACUUAUGAAUUAUACAUUCAAAAGGUUUUUCCCAUUGAUCAAAGUUAUUAUCCUUUUCAUAAGCUUAGCAAAUGAGCAUUUCUGCACACAGUGACCAUUUAGAUUAAUUACUGCACUGUGGGCUUACAGGACUCUAACAGAGGAGUAUUCUGCCUGCUUUAACCAAAGUGUUGUAGACAUAACCUGCUGUGUUAGUGGACCUUGUGCACACAUUUUUAAAAUGCUUUGUUUCUAAGUCAGGUAAUGUGUCACAUGUAGCUUGUCCUGGGUGAUGUACUUCAUAUUUCAUGCUUUCUGUACUGGUCUUUUAUUGAAGUAAACUUUAUUUUAGUAAAAUAAGCUACAUUUUUUUGUGGGUAAUCUCCUUUUGCAGUUUAUUACUUUUUUAAAAAAGCGUAUGUGCAUGCAAUACAUUUAAUGCUGUCUACAUUCUUGGGUAGAGUACAUUAAGAUUGCUUGCUUCAGGAAAUCUGUUUGUUUGGCUGAAAAUGCUAAAGUGGUUAAGUUUUUGAGGUAGAAUAAGUGGCAGUGUUACUUUUAUUUUUGGUCAGCUGGUGAACUAUAUUUCUUAACUUUCUUUCAGUUUGAGUUUCACUUCCUUGCGUGCCUUUGUGUUAUGUGUCUCAGUACCUUUUUCCCGCCUUGUGUCUCAGACUAGUUGUUCUGGAUUUAGUUUUCAGUUUAAAAGUAACACCACUAUUUUUGGUAUUCCUGGCUCAGGAAGGGCGCAAAUCAACCACCGUUCACAUUCCCGUUUCUUGCUCAGUCGAUUUGGAAUGGCCUGAGGAGUGAAGCGGGCUCAGACAUUAAAUACCUAAGCUGUUAUAGGAGGGAUAGCAACGUGGUCAAAACUUCUGGAAGUUUGCUGAUAUUUUUGAGUGGGAGUUGGUGUCCUUUGGAGGGCACCAGCAAAAAGCAACUUACCCUGUAGCAUAUGGGUUGAUGAAUUUUUGCUUUUGGUUACUGAGAUGAUUUUAUAAAAUUUUGAGUUGUAAUUUAUUUUUUGUUUCAGUAGUUUGACAUUUGCAUCUAAAAUUGCAAGAUUCAUGACUUUUUUGCUGCUUCACAAAAGUUUUGUGACUAAAAUAUGUUUAGUGGACAAGUAGUUGCUCCAUUUAACUAGAUAAGUUUAUUUGCAUACAUUUUAAUGGUAACUUUAUUCCUUCGGCAUUACAUGUUGAAUUUUGUCCCAUUUUACUGUGUAAAUAUCUGUCAUUUCAAUCCAUGUAAACUAUAUUGUGCCAAAAGUGACUUUUUUCUUUGUGUUAAAUAUGCAUUUUGUCGUGAGUGACCAUUUCUUUUAAGCUGAUGCUUAACUUCAGAUAUAUUUUGUUGUACUCCACUUCACUGGAAUUUUGCACAUUAAGUUAUUUUCCCAAUAUAUCAUGUUAGUGGAUGUUUUGUGAAAAGCACAUUGAUGCCGGUCAAAUUAUGCAGCGUUAUACAAAAUAAAGACAUAUUUCUUCUCUG